GAGUCAGUGGCCGCAAGGCUAAGCCCGUCGCUCAGGGGUGCCCUCUCGCCAGUGAGAGUCACACAGUGACCACAGACAACGCAGCGCGUCCACUCAACCAGACCGCACAUCCACACCCUGCACGGGAAACAUCGAGUCGGCCGUAAAAAAAAACACAACAGAAACGAAAAAAAGACUGAAAACUUUAUUGUACGGGUUGUGAAACAACAAGGUUGCCAGCUGUCCCUCGCGUGGGGGUUGUUGGCCGGAGAGGCGCCCUGAUCCCAUCCCCUCCUCCCCCACCCCCUGCGGGGCGCCUCCUCCUCCUCCUCCCGCUCCGGCGGCGGCGGCGCCGUGGCAGAGAGCCGGAGCCAUGGCUGCGUCGAGCGAGCUGCGCCUGAGGCUGCGAGUGGCGUUCAGCGUCGUGGGGGCCCUCGUGGGCGCCUCCGUGUUCGCCGUGUGGAGUCUGCACUACGGGCAGCCCUACACGGGCGCCUGCGGAGGCCUCUCGGGUGUGCUGGCCAUUUGGACGCUGGUGACCCAUGUGAUGUAUAUCAAGGAUUACUGGCGGACCUGGAUACAGGGCCUGAGGUUCUUCUUUACUGUGGGCGUGAGCUUCCAAGUGAUUGCCCUGGUGGGCUUCAUCACCUUCUUGGCACUGGCCAUCUCCGCACAUCAGGCCCUGACAGACCCCACAAGCCUAUACAUUACUUGUAUUUGGUGCCUAAUGACUUUGAAGUGGGCAUUCGUUCUCUCAUACUAUACUCACCACUACCACAAGGAAUUUGCUGAUAAUACCCUCGAUGAUUUGUAAGGCCCUGCUACACGCGCAACAUUUUCAAGGGCACCAGCAUCGAGAGUGGUAAAUGGUGGCGAAUACAGAUGCAUUUUUCCAACAUGCUGUUUUCUGCUAGCACAGUUUUUUAGACUUUAAACUGCAUAUCUACAUUUUACCAGACAUAUAUGUGCGAGGAAGGAGGGCUCUUGCCUGGAACGUCACCUAUUAUAUAUGUGUUUUUGUUCUUGAGGCCACAUAGAGGCUAUUGACAAAAAGUAUUUUUUGUUUAUUUGUGUUUGUGCACCACUACAACGCAGUUCACCAAAUACUUUGUUCAACUGAUUGAGAUCAGAUUUAGAUUUUUGCUUCAUAUCCAGUGAUGCAAUACUGUGCUAUAUAACUUACAUAGUAACAAAUAAAGUAAAAACUGUAAUUCAUUGUAAAAUAUAUUAAUUUACUUCUCUUGAUAAUAUACUGUACUUAUCUGCUGACAAUCUAUUGUCUCUAUGUGUAAAUAUAAAGCAAACAAUGCAUUUAGUGAUGCUGCGUUCAGUGGUGACACGGCCAAGAGCCCAACAUAUUCAUUUAUAAUACGCCUGCCUUUAAAGUAAACAUUGUAUAAUAAGUGACCUUUCGGACCAUUACCUUCGUCUGAAAUGUGUAAUUGAGGAAUGUGUUUAAAUGUUUUUUCUUCUUUGGUUCUUUCGGUAAAGUCACGUAACUUUACCGAAAGAACCAAAGAAGAUGAAUCCUUGCAGUCACGAAAGCUUUAAAUCGAAAUGUUUAAAUGUUGUAAUUAAAAGCAGCCUCUGACCUAUGGUUGCCUUUUCCCAAAAUCUGAUUCUAAAAUGUAAUGGUUUUUAUUGGAAUAUUUUGAGUACAUAUAUGUUAAGAUUGAACAUUUGGAAUUCACCUCCGCGUAACCUCGUUUUUUGUUUGUAAACCCUGCAAUUUCUCACCUCUGCAACCCCGUGAUACAGAGAAUACAAUUGCGCCCUUUGCCUCGUGCUCCGAGCACUGCUUGUAAACGUUUAGCUGUUGCCAUAUGGCCUUGAGCCGGAUUGCUCAUGAGUAAACCCCACUUUAUGCAGCCCAAGAUGAGCACAUGAUUCGCUGUUACCCUCCCUCACGUGUUGAAACACCCUGCAUAUGGGGAAGGGAGAGAGUAACUUUGGUCUUAACACGAACAAUGUCAUACUUUCCCUGGAACACUCAGUGGAGGGGAUACACACUUACAUGCAUCUUGGGGAAAUUAUGUGGGUAAUGUGAAUGUCACUUAAUUAAUAAUACGAUGAAUAGGAGUAUCAACAAUAUAUAAAUGA